CAUUGUGAGCGACCAACUUGCACCCAAGUCGCAGCCGUGAGCUGACUUACAGCCUGAUCGUCGAACACCGAGGACAAGAGCGAAGGGUAGAAGACGGACGUGGCGGAGACAGAGCUCGAGGUCAAGUUCGCAGGCGAAGAACAAGCGGAAGGGCAGAGGGAAAGGCGGCAGCAUUGCGCGAGAGAUUUUGACUAGGUCGUCACUUCUUGUCGCCCUGCCCCUCCCCCCCCACAGCCGAGAGAGCACAGGAUGGCAACGGGACUGUCGUUCUCCUCAGGGAAGCAGCAUUUGCCCCACGGGCCGUACGGGGGCAAUGGCAGCAACGCCGUUGGGCGCGUGAAGGACAGCCAGGGUGGCGGUGGUGUUGACGUGGACGGUGGCUCUGUCGGAGACGUUAACAGGCGGACGGUGGCCGGACGGGAAGGAGACGGCGGAGGUGGCAGCGGCGGCGGCGUAGGCGACAACACACACAUCCAUUCUACCACCAAUCGCCAGGUGUACGGCAGCAAUGCCAUCGGACCCCUCGUCGCCGGCCGCUUGCCACUACCUUCUUCUAGCACGAACGCCAGCAGUAUGAGUAACAACGGGAACAGCGGUGGCAGCACCGCCGCCGGCGUUGUGACGAACUCCUUCCCCGGGAUGAGCGCUGGCUAUCCUCCUCCAAGGGUAGAUAUCAGAAGCAACCCGCCGGGGCUCUCUGCGUCCGACGUCAGCAGCAUGAACAUGGGCAUGGCGGCGGCCAUGCUGGGCGGGAUGAACGGGAUCCCUCCAGGCGCCAUGUUUGGAAGAGCUACCACGAGUGUGGCGUCAGGCGGGGGCAUGCCGAUGGGAAUGGUGGUUCCAACCGGAGGCGGGAUUGGUGGAGGGGUGCCAGGGGGAGGCGCAGUUGCAAGCGCGGCGAUGAGAGAAGGAGGGGGUGUAGGAGGCGGUGGUCAGGGACAGCACGGGGCGGGGGCAGAACCAGGAGCCGCAAGAAGCGCUGCAGGGGCUUUCAUGGCGGAUUGGUCAGAAAGACCAGACAUGGGAAGAACCGAUAUCGAUGUGGGGGAGGAAGGGGACGGUAGCGGCACCGGAGCGAACAAGCGUAGGAAGACAACUCCUACCCCUUCCUUGCCACCGCCGAACCUCGCUACCUCUAGCGCCGCGGCGACCGCCGCAGCCGCCGCAGCCGCUGCCGCCGCAGCCGCAGCAGCAGCCAACUUCCUGCCGCUGCCACCGCCGCUGCCUCCUCAUCAGCAACAACAGCAGCAGCAACAUCAACAUCACCAGCAGCAGCAGCAGCAGCAGCAGCAGCAGCAGCAGCAGCAGAACACCUAUUCCGGCUCAAACGGGCCGGCGGGCGGCGGAGGAGGCAAUCCGUCAGCAGGAGCAGCAGCAGCAGCAGCAGCAGCAGCAGCAGCAGCAGCAGCAGCAGCAGCAGGCGACAGCAGCGGCGGCGCAAGAGAGCAGCACGCCCCCCCGCCGCCGCCGCCGGAGCGGCGGGCGGGCGGGCAGCCGCAAGAGCUAGUGCGGGUGUGCCAGCACCUGGGCUGCCGCCGGGGGCCGUGCUACGGGUGGGAAGGGGAGAAACGCGCCACGUUCUGCGCGGCUCACGGCCUUCCGGGCCAGGUGAACGUGGUGUCGCCGCGGUGCGCCCACGAGGGCUGCCGCCGGGGGCCAAGCUACGGGCAGCCCGGCGUCAAGAAGCCGGUGUUUUGCUCCGGGCACCGCCUACCGGGCCAGGUUAACGUGGUGUCGCCCCGGUGUCAGCACCCGGGGUGCUCGCGGGGGCCGUCGUACGGUCACAGCGUGGACGGGCGGAAGCCCAUGUUCUGCGCCGGGCAUCGGCAGUACGGAAUGGUGAACGUGGUGUCUCCCCAGUGCGGGGAGGUGAACUGCACGCGGGGCCCGUCGUACGGGUUCGAGGGCCACAGGGCGACGUUCUGCGCCAGGCACAAGCAGGAGGGGCAGGUGAACGUGGUCUCGCCGAGGUGCAAGGAGGAGGGCUGUACCCGCGGCCCGAGCUACGGACACGAAGGGGACCGCCGGGCGUCCUACUGCGCACAGCACAAACGACCCGGCAUGGUAAACGUCGUCAGCCGGAAGUGCUCCAUCCCCGGCUGCGGCAAGGGGCCGAGCUACGGCAGGGACGGGGACCGGAAAGCCAGCUACUGCGCCGUGCACAAGCGGGAGGGGGACGUCAACCUCACGAUCAAGCGAGACGGGUACAGCAACCCGCGUUACUUCGCUCGGGCGGAGUAAUCGGUUGGAUGGAAUCGCCCGUUAGGGGGCGGCGGGGGCGGAAGGCGAGAGUGACGUAGGCGACGAGUGGUGUUACACGUGGUAGCUUUGAUGAUCAAAUGGGAUCGCUGCGUGCGAAGUAUGUUUUGAUUCGUUUUUUUCCUUACUUUUAGGUAUCGUGGGUUUUUCAUUGUUACCAGGCUUGGUGUGCAGUAGAGGCGUCGUUUGCAUGCGGGUUGGUGGUCGGGUGGGUGGUGCGUGAAGGACCUUUGUACCAGAGCUGCGCUCACUCGCAUUGUCUUGACAACCUGGGCGUUGUGGGCGGAUGGGGACGCACGUUUUUGUUGACGAAUUCAAAUGCAUCUACCGAUAUCAUGUAGGAUGUAGGAUGCGCCGUCGCGAUCGCUCGGCGAAGUGUGUAGAGCUGUCAAUUGAUCAGCCCAGAGCCACAAAGCAUGCAGGGUAUCUAAUACUCCGUCGGUCACGCGACUAUAUCUGUGGAACCCUGGAUGAUGGUUACUUCUUGUUUUGCCGCAUUGUAUGCUGGUAUUUUUUUCCUCUUCACGAUAACACGCCCACCCAGUCCGGAGCGCUACAGUACUCUCAGCGUCUGGGAAUCCCAAGGGGGGCGUUGUGUUGUGUCGAAUCAUGUUUCGGGUGUAUGCGUGUGUUGUUCCCAUCAGAAUAGUGGACGUCGCAUUGGCAGUAAGAACCGCAAUUUGAGCGGCAGCAGCGUCUUUGGUGACGAUUGAUUGGCGGCGUACCUUUGUGUACGACAUGGCUUCUUUUUCGAUUGAUCAGUCGGGUUCAGGCGUGGCGUGUGGUAAAAGGAAUUCACAAACGCAUACAGAGGCCGAGGUUUGCCGUCUUCUCUAUUGGCGUGCAUGUAGCAGCUCAGUCUCGUGCGGUAGCACGUGCCGCAGGAACACAACACACAUAUAUAUGCCACCAAGGCGCUUUGCUUUCCACAAGAUGGGUGUGACGGUGAACGCUGUUGUAAGCCGUCAGUUGUUUGUGCGUUCACACAGUGGUGGACUUGCCGCGCUGUCUGAAGCAGCAUUGUACAUACCAACAGCAGCAUCUUACGGUAGACGGGUCCAGUGUUGUCGGGGAAGAAGCAAUCGUUGCGUAGACGCUUAAAAAAAGCGGGGUCGUCGGUGUUCAUUUUGGUUCUUCUUAUUCGUAUAGGGAGGCAUUUGGACUAACUGUUGUGUACAGUCCAGUUUUUUUAUGGAUGAAAUCGGCCUCCUAAUGGUCGACGGGGCAAAUGAAAGCAGCGAAAAUUUAUACUUAUUCCAGAAACCCAU